AUGACCACCGACGCAAAGAGAAUCAUUGCCGUUGUUGGAGCAACUGGUACCCAGGGCUCCUCAGUUGCCCGUACAUUUCUGAGUCUUACCAACUGGAGCGUUCGUUGCCUGACUCGAGACCCAAAAUCCGACAAAUCCAUUGAACUGUCUGGCUUGGGAGCCGAAGUAGUGAAAGCAGAUCUGGAAGACAAAGAAUCUCUUCGUCAAGCAUUCAAUGGCGUCCAUGCAAUCUUCCUCAACACAGACUUCUGGCAUCCUUAUCGAAAAGCACUCGCCGCAGGCGUUGAUAGCCUUACUAGUGCCAAAGAGGGCUACGAUGUGGAGGUCUCUCAUGGCAAGAAUGCCGCUGAUGUGGCUGCGACUGUCCCAACCCUCGAGCGAUUCGUCUACUCUGCGCUCGGUCCUAUGAAAGCCGCGUCUGGUGGAAAGUACUCGCUUUCAUACCACUGGGAGACCAAGGCGUACAUUGCGGAUUAUAUCCAAGCUCAGCCUGAGCUGGCAAAGAAGGCUUCCUUCAUCUACAUUGGGGCCUAUAUCACCAACCCUUUCCUCUAUCCCAAGUUCCAGCCCGAGAGCGGAGAAUUUCUCUCAGUCAUCCCAGCCAUGAAAGAGACUAUGAUGCCAAUCAUCAACACGACCGAGUCGACGGGGCCAUUCGUCCGCGCUCUGGUGGAGGAUGAAGAGUCUGGAACAAAGUUGCUGGCGUAUGACGACUAUCUCAGCCUUCAGGAGAUCACAGAUAUCUGGUCUAGAGCUCUGGGAAAGCAAGCCAAGUUGAUCUCGAUGGCUAUGGAAGAGAUGAAUGAGAAAAUGGGAAUUCCGUUGGAAAUUCUCCAUGGCCCGGCUUUUAUUAGCGAGUAUGGCUAUUGCGCGGGUCUGGAGAAUGUUAUCGAGCCUGGUCAGCUCAAGCAGCGUGUGCAACACCAAUCGUUUGAAGGCUGGCUCAAGGAUCAGGAUGUCGAGGACUUGCUUGAUCUGAAGAAGGAGAAUCGUUGGGAUGGCCGGGUUCAAUAA